UGGUGAAUAGCAUCACUCCAGGAAGUGCUGCAAACCGAUUGGAUUAUUCUGCUGCUUCCUUGUGAUGAGAUUCCUGAUCAGUUUACAUCCUGAUUGGGUUUUCAGGAUCACAAAAUGGUAGAAAACUCGCCGUCUCCUCUGCCGGAAAGAGCCAUUUAUGGAUUUGUCCUCUACUUGGCGUCCCAGUGUGGAUUUAUCCUAUAUCUGACAUGGGCGUACAUCCCCGAAUCGUGGCUACACUCCUUAGGGCUGACUUACUGGCCUCAGAAGUAUUGGGCAGUGGCUAUCCCUGUAUACCUCAUGGUCGUGCUGGGCAUUGCCUAUAUCUUUCUCUUUGGAAUAAACCUGAUGAACACGGCGCCUCUGGAUUCCAUACACACUGUAACUGACACUUACACCAGUAAUCAAGUGAUGAAAGUGUCAGAUCCAGACGCCAUUCCUGCCGUACGGGAUAUCUCGAUUAGCGAGGUCAAUAGGAUGUUCUUCCUCCCGGACAAGAGACAAGAACUGGGGAACCAUUUGUCCUCUAAUCACUAAUGUCUUCAGUGUAAUAUAUUUUGGGACGAUUGAGUAAUUAAAAUGAUGUUAUUGAGUUUUCCAUCGAUGUCUAUGGAGCGUUCAAAGGAUUUGCAGGUAUUAGGGUUGCUGCUUGCAGUCAGAUGUCCUAAUAGGUCUCAGCUAGCGGCUGCAGUAUUGCCCACUGAUCUGCCCCCCGAGCUUCCGACUGAGGAGCAGAAAUUAGAUUGUGCUGUAUGUAAGUCUGCCUAUCUUUCUGAGCUGUUCGGUCUGGAAGGGCCACGGAUUUUACUCCACAAUCUUGCCACAGAGGAGUUGUCUUAACCUAGCCGAUUAAGUGUGCUAACAUGCCCUUUAAUUGUUGGGGGCUGCUCUGUGUGCGUUAUUGCACCCACUAGUUGACCAGUAUCAUCAAGCUAUGCAAGCUUUCCAGAUGUCUUGGUUUAGGGGGUAUUACAAACCUGGGACACUGAUGACGUAUUGCUAGGAUAGGUGCGGGUCCCACUUCUGGGACCUGCUGCUAUCACCAGUUCGGGACCCCCCAAAGUAAAAGAGAGCACACUGCACAAGUGCGGUCAACUCUCCAUUCACUGCUAUGUGACUGACGGAAAUAGCCAAACCAGCGCACGUCUAUUUUCGGAACUCCCAUAGCAGUGAAUGGAGGGUGGCCAUGAAUGAGCGGUGUGCUCUCCCUUCACUUCGGGAAGCCCAUUCUGUUGUUAGCAGCACACCUAUCUGACGUCGAUGGCAUAGCCUAGCUAUAUGUCAUCAAUGUCCCAGAUGGGAAUACCCCUUUAAAGGAAUAGUGAGAGCCAAAAACAAUAUACCUUUUUAUUACAGAAACAGCGCCACACUUGUUCUUGGGCUGUCCCUGGUAUUGCAGCUAAGUCCCAUUCAGUUGAAUAUGGCGGCUGAGGUGCAGUACCAGACACAGCCCAUGGACAGAUGUGGUGCUGUUUCUGUAAAGAAAGCAGACCCUAUUUUCUAAUCCUGAACAUAUUGGGAUUGGACUGUACUUUUUGGAGGCACAUAUAGGAAGCUUCAUCAUGUUGUUGGAGGUGCCAGCCCACCGAGUGGUCAUCCAGAUGCCAGUCGGCUGGCUAAACCUUCUAGCUUUGGAACCAGUAGCCUUGGGAAUGGAUGACAACCGUGUAUUGAAGUGUGUAACCAGAGAAGUUGUUUACGCGUGAACCGACUCUUCCCAUUAUAAAGUUUCUUUCCUGGAUUUGCUAGGAACCUACCAUGCAAUAAUCCGUCUUGAGUAGGUGACAACCAUCGCUUCUGCUUGAUACAAGAAACUGCUGGGAAAGAUGUGGCCGGGUUCUCAGGACACAGAGAUUAAAGGUUCCCCAAGUCACUGGAAGAUGCUAUCAAUGAUGAAUCUGGCAAUGCAUUUCACUGGAGACAAGUCAGUGCUGGGGAGGCUUUGAAGUCCCCGAGAAUUGUCUCUGGAUGCGUCUUCUUUUGGUUUGUUGUUUACACAAAAACAUCUUCAUAAAAGGCAAAUGGUUAUUUAAGAAUAAACUUAAAGGACUUGU